AUGAACUGCGAUAUCUGCGGUCGCCAGCACCAGGCGCAGCGUUUACCAUUUCUAUGUGCAGUGGACGCAAGGAAUAAGCUCUAUGACAAGCGCCUGGCGCACGCACGAGCCUUGAUCGAGAACGAGAACCUCGAGAAGCAGAUCGACGCGCUCCUAGCGAGCGAUCCAAGUGCAAAGAACUCCGCCGCCGCUCAGCGAGUUCGCAUCGAUGAUUGGCGAAGUGACCAGCAAAGGGCUGUCAGGCGGACUGACGAGAUCAUCGCCCAGGCUGAUAGGUUGAAAGCAGAUGUCGAAGCUGCACGGGAGGAUAUCAAGAGGAGGAAGACGCUGAUUUCCCGGAGAAAGUCCGAUCUUGCAUCUGCGUCGAGUGGCAUCGCGGCGCGGCGUGAACGACAACUGGACGACGUCGAGAGAUCGAUCAGUAUGAUGACCUUCAAGUGGAACAGGAGCUAUGACAGCAUGGCGGCCACAAGAGGCUUCCUGUGCAUGGAGGCAGCAAGGCUCUAUGGGCUCCGUCGCCUGAAGAAGGGCACUUCGAGUCGCUAUGGUUACGAGGUGGGAGGCAUUGAGAUUCCUGAUAUGAGCUCUUUGAAUGCUCUAUCUCCGGAAACAAUAUCGACAUCGUUGUCGCACAUGACGCAUAUCCUGAUGCUUGCGUCUCAUUAUCUAGCAAUUCGACUUCCCGCUGAGAUAACGUUGCCUCAUCCCGACUAUCCCCGACCAACAAUAUUCUCCCUCGCCUCAUCGUAUUCCCACGGAGAAGUCCCCUUUCCUGGUACAUCCUCGCUCCAUGCCCCGGCCCCAGAGUCUCGGCAAGUAGUGCAUAGGCCUCGGCCCCUCUUCAUCGAAAAGCCCCUUCCAAUCCUAUCCAAGGAAGAUCCUCAAGCGUACAUCAUGUUCAUGGAGGGUGUGGCCUUGCUGGCGUAUGACAUUGCUUGGGCUUGUUGUUCGCAAGGUGUCCCGAUUGGCGAAAGAAAGUCGUAUGAAGACGUCGCCAAUAUGGGUCGCAAUCUUUAUAAUCUGUUGAUUGGGAACCAGCUUCACAGCAACCCGGCAGGACGGAUUUUCUCUACGUCCUCUGGAUCUUCGUCCCCGCAGAACAAGCCGGACGAUGGCGGCCUUGAUGAUUUGGCCACUGCCGGUUCUCUGAUGGGUCGGCAGGCCCAUGGUACUGCGCACGAUUUCCUCAGUGAUAUUGUGACGCGCUCUUUCAAACUCCACAAUCCUAAGAUGUUGUGUGAUUGGAUGAAGAGCAAGCUGAACAGCGAGGCGCCAAUGCCCGACUGGGAGAUGUUGGAGGAUGACGCCUGGGCCGUGGAUGAACAGGCAGACAAGGUGAAUUCUGCAAAGGGUCACACCCGCAGUACGUCUGAUGGUACGACGUUUGGAGUCGAGAGUCUGGCGACGGUGAAGACUGCUCUAGACGCCUCGAGGGCAGAGGUUGGUGCGCUGCCUCGUGUCGAGCGAAGCACAGAGAAGACGAGAAGCUCUGGGACGAACGGAUGGACAAAGUUGAAGAGUCGGUAG